AGUUUACCUUGUUAGCCUUCCCGUAACGAGGAAGUUUACCUUGUAACACAGUCGUGACAGUGGGAUUCAGAUAAUGUUAGCCUCCGGGAUCCUCCACGAAGGGAAGUAAUUCAAAGAUAAAACAUGGAUGUCAUACAAGAUACUAUUACCUGGUUGAUUAAAAGGCACGAGUGAUGUCCUUUUCAUUGGUCCGGAACACUGCCGUAGUACUUGCAUCACGUGUCCUCAGGUCACAUAUUAGACGUUCCUCGUGUCUAACAAGCUGCUAUUCUAUCAAAACAUCUGAAAAGUGUCACAGAUAUUUGUCAGCUUCUGUAACCAUGGAUAAAUCACAAGAACCUAACCUAGGAAAUGCGUUUGAAGACAGUGAAAUUCAAGCGUACAUUGAUGACAUUAAAAAUCUUAUCGUAGAGGAAGCAUUAGUGAAGGGUUCAGACAGAAGUACCAAAGUAGUUGACUUCAAACUACCCGAGGACCUAAAGAGUUUGCUUCCACUUGACAUCAGGAAGGAUCCAGCUAACCACAAAGAACUCUUGGAUAUUUGUAAAACAGUGAUAGACUAUUCCGUCAAAACAAGUAAUCCACGAUUCUUCAACCAACUGUAUAGUGGAAUAAACAUAUAUGGGUUGACGGGUGCGUGGCUGUCCGAUGCGCUGAAUACAAACAUGCAUACAUUUGAGGUGGCUCCAGCGUUCAUUGUAAUAGAGAAGUACCUAAUAGAGAAAUUGUGUUCCAUCAUAGGGUACAAAGCCGGGGAUGGUAUCUUUUGUCCAGGCGGAUCUUUUUCAAACAUUAUGGGCAUGAACUUGGCAAGGUAUAGAAGUUGUCCAGACUUCAAGAAAACGGGCAUGUAUGGCAUGAAACGAAUGAAGCUGUACACAUCAUCUGAAGCGCACUAUUCCAUGGUGAAAAGUGCAGUUUUUCUUGGCCUUGGAUCUGACAAUGUUGUUAGAGUGGAAACAGACGAAAUAGGGCGUAUGAAACCUGAAGAAUUAGAAAAGAAAAUUAAAGCAGAUAUUGAAAAGGGAGAAGACCCAACAUUUGUUAUGGCGACUUCAGGCACUACUGUUCUUGGAGCGUUUGAUCAACUGAAUGAAAUUGCUGAUGUAUGCGAGAAAUACAAUAUAUGGCUGCACUGUGAUGCAUGUUGGGGAGGCGGCGCUCUACUCUCAGAAAAACACAAACAUCUGAUGUCUGGAAUAGAAAGAAUGCAGUCAGUCAGUUGGAAUCUGCAUAAAAUGUCUACGGCGCCAUUACAGUGUUCGGCUUUACUCAUCAAAGAUAAGGGAAGUUUAGAAGAGUGUAACAGGUACCAGGCAGAAUAUUUGUUUCAGCAAGACAAAUUCUACGACAUGUCCUAUGAUAUUGGUGAUAAAACCGUUCAGUGCGGUCGUAAAGUAGACGCUUUAAAGGCGUGGCUAAUGUGGAAAGCCCUUGGAGAUGAUGGUAUGACUGCUGCUGUGGACAAAGCCUAUGAUAAUGCAAGGUAUCUGACUGAGCAACUAAGAAAGACCGAGGGAUUUAGACUGGUUAUGCCGGAGUUUCAGUGCACAAAUAUAGGCUUCUGGUACAUUCCGAAAUCGCUUCGUGGUCAAGAAGAGACGGCUGAAUGGUGGGAUAAAGUAGCAAGGGUUGCCCCUAAGAUAAAGGAGGGAAUGGUUAAGCAAGGGACGAUGCUGAUCGGCUACCAACCGCUUACAGUUAAAGGAUUUGUCAACUUUUUCCGCAUCAUAAUAAAUAACACUAAAUGUGACUAUUCGGACAUGGAUUUUGUUGUCAAAGAAAUUGAUAGACUAGGAAGGGAUUUAUAGAGAAAUGUGCAAGAACUAAAAGAAUAAAUGGAUACUGACAAUGUUAAGGAAAAGGAUAUUUGUCCAGUCAAUGUUUCUGUUUUGUCACCGCAGUUAAUGAAAAGUCUUGCGAUAUGUAAUUAUCAGACAUUUUUUUAUUCAGAAUAAUUCUGUAGAACACCAGGAUCUAAAUCAGAACAAAAAUCGUUGUUAUAUCUUUAAUUGAAUAAAUUGUAAUGUCCUGGUUGAUAAAAUGUAAAAAUAUGCAAAUAUAAAGUAUAGGGCGGAACCCUUUAGUUCCAGUUCAACGUCCAACCUUAUUUAAAUAAUCUCCUAAAACGCUUCGUGUUCUACUGCCACAUCCGCACGGAAAGAGGGGCAAGAAAGAAAUCUUUCAAAUAUUGGAGCUAAUUUAUAGAAUUGAAAGGAAUACUUGAAAAGGGAUAACACUACCACACAGUAACGGUCGUUUGACUUGGUUCCUCAAACCGGCUAUGAAGAGUGUUCUUUUUUUAAAUAAUAUUCGCAUGGGGAUUUUUAUUGGCAAUUUAUUCAGCAAUAAAAAUACCAUUAGA